ACUUCUCGGCCCAGCCGGAUCCGGUGCAGGUCGCCGGCAUCACGCGCCGCGUGCCGUGAUUCUGGAUCGGGCGCAGAUCUUGCCACCUAUCCUCCUCUCUCUCUCCCAUGUCGCCAUUGUUGCAAGGAGCAGGGGAGAUAGGUGCCGAGGACAAGAAGCAACGGGUUGGUCAGGGUGGGCUUGAGCUGCUGGGGAGAUGGAGGAGGCCGUCGUGGUUCGUCAUGGAGGCGGCGCCGCCGGCAAGCUGGUUGAGCACAGAGGAAUGAGGAAUGGAUACAUGAGGCAUGGCGUAAGCGUAGGGGUCAGCCAGGGCACGACGCAAGAGUCUGCCCAUCUCCUCUCAAACACGAAAGGCACUAAUGCGUCCCAAAAACCUAGCGCACAAAGGACCAAUCCUUCCCUUCCUCGAGCCCCAUUCGAGUCCGCGCCGUUCAGCAUCUCCAGCCUCCCCUGCUCCUCGACCCUCCGGCCCCACGGCCUCUCGCGCCGCCGCCUUCUUCCCUUGACGUCUUCCCCGACGCUCGUGGUGCAGCAGCGGCCAUUGCAGUAG